UUAGUUUCUAGAUUUUCGGGUUUUCUAAACAUUUUAAACUGUUUAUCUUUAGUGAUCUCAUGACCUUAAAGCGUCUUGCUCUCGUCGUGCUGACAGAACAAAUACCACACGUUUUUGGGAAUAUUUGGUUCCACCCAGUUUGAGCUGAAAUAGUGUUUGUAGCUUUGAGUUUCAGUUUGAGCUGAAAUAGUGUUUGUAGCUUUGAGUUUAAUUGUUUGUUUGGGAGCUAAAGGAGGUCUCAGUGAGCAUUUUCUAAAGGCUAUACUUUCAACUGUUUCCUUACAGUCGUAAAGACUGUAAAAAUGAGUAAUCCCGAAGAAGCCAAAGCGACCACAACCCCACAUGUCGUCAAAGAAGAGCUCAUGGCAUCAGGAAACUGGGUGAAGCUGGAGAAGACCACCUACGUCGAUCCAGCAGGAAACACAAGAACAUGGGAGACGGUGAAGCGGACCACGCGGCAGAACAACACAGAAGCAGACGGGGUGGGAAUCAUCGGCGUGCUGAAGCGGACUCUCCACAAAGACUGCAUGGUGAUGGUGAAGCAGUUCCGCCCUCCUCUGGGAUGCUGCACCCUGGAGUUUCCUGCAGGGCUGAUCGAUGAGGGGGAAACGGCGGAGGCGGCGGCUCUGAGGGAGCUGAAGGAGGAAACGGGCUACAAAGGGGAAGUGGUGGGGGUCACUCCAGUGACCUGCCUGGACCCCGGCCUGUCAAACUGCACGACUCAGAUCGUGCUGGUCAACAUCAACGGAGACGAUGUGGAGAACAUCCACCCCACACAGGAGCUGGGCGAUGGAGAGUUUGUCGAGGUCAUCCUUUUACCGCUCGACGAAAUCCAGACGAAGAUUGACGAUCUGCUGCAGAAAGAAAAAAUAAUGGUGGACUCUAAAGUGUACAUCUUUGCCAUGGGGAUGGCUCAAGCCUUCUUCAAGCCAAGGGAGCUGCCGGUUCUGAAGCAGUGAAGGCGGGAAAACGGCGGCCUCUGCUGACAGCUGGAGGGAUCGCAACUGCUAGGAUUCCAUUGGUGGAGAAGUGGACCUGGUGAGGUGGUUUCAAGCUGACAGAAAACAGGGAAAACGGAAAAUUCUUCCAUUUCUAUUUGUGGUUGUAUCGUGGUGGUUUUGAAGCUAACAAACAUUCAAAACAUCGUUUCCGUGCCAACAGAGGAUGAGAGUAGAUUCCAUGCCCUUCACUGGACCAACCUGCGUUUUCUUUGCUCUCAGUAUUAAAACGCUCAGCUUCAACUGAGACUUUCAUGCAUUCCUUUGAGUUUUAAUGUUCACACUAACAAAAACUAAUAGUCGACCCUUUAGAAAGACAGCUAUUUCCCACAGCUGCUAACAAACUGUUUUUAAUGAAAUAUUCAAAAAGCAGGAGAUGUUAAAGUAUAGACAUUUCAUUUUUCAUUAGACCAUUACCUACGUUUUAUGGUUUUAAAAAGUUGCACAAAAAUAUAGUUACUAGAAAAAAGCAACAGUAAGCAAAGUCAUUUUAGUGAACUUCCCAUGUUUGGAAGAAGAGAAAGGUUGACAUAAAGGGUCGUUUUUAGCCUAAAUGUUAGUUUUUUUUCUUUCUUCUAUGUUGUUGGGUUGUGGAUUUAGACAGAAGUUGCUAUAGAAAAUGUUCAAAUGUCUUCUGGUUUUGUUGGGAAGAGCAGACGUUUACACACUAGAUGUUGAUUGAUUCAUGAAUUCUUAAGAGCUCCUUUUGUCAUGGUAACCCAUCUGAAAGUAGAAAACAUGUUUUUUGUUUUGCAAAUGCUGCUGAUGUACUAGAUUCAUUUAAUGUUAGAACUGCUGACCUUGUAACAUGAUGGAACAAUGAACUUUCCUCUUCAUGUAGUAACUAGGAAGUACUGACUUUGAAUAAAACAAGCCUUCUUUUGGUUUAAUGCUUAA